AUGUUUCGGCCACCAUCCAAUGAUACCCCUCCAAGAAGUGGAGGUCUCUUUGGGCACCACUCGGAGGACAAAGGCCCACUUAGCUAUGGCUUGAAGCAGCAGCAGGCUGAUCUCUUCGGGGAUAGUGGUGCUCCAACACAGAGAGGAUACGUUGGCUCGGAUCCAUUGGACUAUGCUGCAAGGGAGGACCUACCACCACCAGGCGAUGACAUACCCACUAUGUUUUCAAGCUUCCCUGCUAAGGGAGGACCAGCAGGUGGUAGUGCUAGAGGGCUGUUGGAUACGAGUGGAAUUGUGCACAAUAGGAGCGGCGCAUAUACAGCUGAUGAUGUGGGAUUUGGUCCUUUGGCGAGCGCCGGAGCAUCUCUAGGUGGGCUUUCGGCGAUGGGCGCUGGACGGCCCUCAGGAUGUUGGGUUACGGUCUUCGGAUUUGCCCCUGCUAUGGCCGUCGCGGUUCGGCAUCAUAUUGAGGCGGUCCUUGGCGAGAAGGUGAUCGAAUGCCGAGUGGGAAAUGGCAACUUCAUGCACGGUAGGCUUGAGGGGUGA